UCGUCGCAGAAAAAUGGCGGCACUGUUGCUGCAGGAGUUGGAAGCUUCGGAGAUCUCUAAGCUACCGAAAACUAUUCAAAAUAAACUCGAGAGGGUCCUUUCGGAUCAGCAAUAUGUCAUAGAUUCGUUGAAAGCACAGCAGGAACAGUUCCGGGUUGACAACGAGCAACACUUCUUUGAGAAAGUGAAACAACUUGCUCAGAGUCAGGAUGAGUUUCUGUCACAGACUCAAGAACAUCUCAAACUCAAGGACGAGUUCACCAAGCUCGGGGAUGAACUUAAAAGUGUGCGGGAGAAAAACAGGGAAUAUGAAUCCACUCAAGGGAGGUUAUCAUCAGAGCAGGCUGUGCUGUCAAAGGCCAAAGAGGAACUGGAGUCAGAAAAGCGAGAGCUUCUGCGGACGCUGGAAAGAAGGUCCUUGGAAGUCGAGCAUCUAAAUGAUGACUUCAGGACACUCAAUGAUAAGAUGGUGGAAGUCAACACCUCUAAAAUGGCUCUGCAGAUGAAACUGGACGGACUUGAAGCAGCUGAAGUCAACAUAAAGUACAAAGAGAAGCGAAUGGAGCAAGAGAAGGAGCUGCUGCAUGGACAGACAUCUUGGCUGAAUGAGGAACUGAAGGCUAAGAGCGAGGAGCUGCUGGCCCUGUCCAGGGAGAAGGGAAACCGGAUCCUGGAACUGAAGUGCAACCUGGAAGACAAAACAGAGGAGUUGAGCAGAUACCAAGACCAAGUGGGCAGUUUGAAAACAUCGAAUGAAAACCUCCAGAAACAAAAUGAGGACAUGAUCAACAAACUAAAAGAGGCCAAGGAACAGCAAGCCACCAUGGAGGAGAAGUUCAGGAACGAGCUGAAUGCCAACAUUAAGCUGUCAAAUCUUUACAAGAGUGCAGCAGCAGAUUCCGAGGCCAAAAGUGAAGAGCUGAGUCGGGCCGUGGAGGAGCUGCAUAAGCUGCUGAAGGAUGCUGGAGAAGCCAACAAGGCCCUCGAGGAGAAGCUGCAGGAGAUGAACGGCGCCACAGACAAGACUGCGGCUGAGCUGAAGGAGAGGAUCCACGCUCUUGAGAAAGAGCUCGACAACGCCAAUGAGCUGCUUACAAGUUCUAAACUCAGAGGCCCCGUCAGUUCAACAUCUUUGCUCACAGAGGAGCAAAUGACAACGAUGUCUCCAACAGCUGCUGCUGUAUCCAAGAUAAAGCCCGGCAUGAAGCUGACCGAGGUGUACACAGCAUAUUUGGAAAGUCAGGAGCAGCUGCAGUUGGAGCGUCUGGAGAACAAGCGGGUCAACAAGUACCUGGAUGACAUCGUGCAAGAAGUGGAGGCCAAAGCCCCCAUCCUCAAGCGGCAGAGGGACGAACAUGAGCGCAUGCAGAAGUCUGUGGCCAGUCUUUCUGCCAAGCUGGAGCAGGCUGUGAAGGAGGUGCACCGUCUGCAGAAGGAUGCUGAUGAAGCUAACAAACGCUCCUCUGUUCUGGAAAGAGACAACCAGCGGUGUGCACUUCAGAUAGCGGACAUGGCUCAGCAGAUUCGUGUCCUACUGAUCGAGCUGGAGGAGGCCCGUGGAAACCAUGUGCUUCCUGAAGAGGAGGUAAGCUCAGCUGAUGUCAGCAGCACUUCAGAGGUCAUCAGCCAACACUUGGUGACCUUCCGUAGUGUAGAGGAGCUCCAGAAGCAGAAUCAGCGUCUCCUGGUGGCCCUCAGGGAGCUCAGUGAUGCUCAGGAGAGAGAGGAAUUUGAGGCCACUGGCAACAGGCAUGGAGAGCUGGAGCAGAGUUUGGAGAGAGCCUUGGCUGAGCUCGACUCCCUGAAGGAGCAACGAGGCCAACAGGUCAAGAUGACCGAGUCCAUCGCUAAGCAGAGGGACAUGUACCGUGUGCUGCUGGCUCAGGCUACAGGAGUUAGCUUCCCUCAGCAAGGUACACCACCUGAGGAGUUCUCCCUGACUUCAACUCCCCGUCGCUCACCUGCAGCCAUUCCUACUCCGGGGACGCCUACUGCACUUGUGUCCAUGGCAACAGAGUCUGCUGAAGCAUUGGAAGCCAAGGCAGCUCUGCGACAGUUGCAGGAGGUGUUCACUACUUACAAGAGGGAGCGUGUGGAGAGCGAUAAGGUAACGACAGAGCAGAGUGAGAGGGUCCAGGAGCAGCUCUCCGAUCUCCACUCCCAGAAUGCCAGGAUAUCCACCCAACUGGACUUUGCCUCUAAGAGGUACGAGAUGCUGCAGGACAAUGUCGAGGGCUACAGGAAAGAGAUUACUUCCCUCCGAGAGAAAGGGCAACAGAUGGCUGCUGCCACACAGAAGCAUGAGCAGACCAUCAACACUCUGACUGAGGACCUGAGAGCUGCCAAAGAGAAACUCUCCAUGGCUGAGGGUCGGACUGAGAGCCUGCGUAAGGAGAGAGACAUGCUGAAGCUUGAGGAGUCGAGGUUGAACCAGGAGAAAGAGUCGAUCCUGAGCCAACAACAAACUCAGAACCUACUGCUGACCAACCUCCAGACCAUUCAGGCCACUCUGGAGCGUUCAGAGACAGAUACACGUGACCGUCUGAAUGUUCAGCUGGAGAAACAGGAACGAGAGAUCUCACAGCUACAGAAGAGGCUGGAGCAUGAGGUGGAGCAGCGACACCUGCUCAGCAGAAACCAGGAAAUCCAGUUGAUGGAGGCAAAGAGGCAGCUGGAGACUCAGGUGGCUUUAUACCAGAAGACCAAGGAGAUGCAGAGUGCUGCCGAGCUGGAACUCAGAAACCUGCAUCUGCAGCAAGGCGGCGGCGGCGACGCACGUCACAUCCUGAGCUCCCCUACCACACCUAUUACGAGAGCCCUGCAGGGUUCAGAUCAAGACAGAGAGGACCUACAGGGACGUCUGCGGCUGGCUGAAACCCGGGCAGAGGAGCUGGCAGAGAGUCUAAGAGCAGCCACAUCCAACAUGGAGCAGUAUCGUGCCAUGGCUCAGAGCCUUGAGGAGUCCCUGGACAAAGAGAAGCAGGUUACAAAUCAGGCCCGCUCAACCAUUGAAGCUCGCAUGAAGGAGGCGGAGAAGCAGCGCCACAUGCUAGGGGAGAAACUAGCAGAGGCAGAGAAACAGAAACACAACUCUGAGGAGCAGAAGAAGAGAGCUCUGGAGUUGAUGGAGGAACAGAUGAAUAAACUGAGGAGGAGCCUCAGCAGCGCUCAAGAAGAUCACCAGGCGGUGCUGCAGAAAGUUUCAUUAGCCGAAGUCCAGCAGCAGCAAGCGCUACAAGACAACCAGCAGCAGGCUAAGCUGGCAGCUGAAGCACAAGACAAGUACGAGCGGGAGAUGAUCCUGCAUGCAGCAGACGUGGAAGCCCUGCAGACGGCUAAGGCUCAGGCUCUGCAGGCCGUGGAGCUCAAACAUCAACUGGAAGAGAAAAUGCAGAGGAUCAGCGCUCAGCUGAUGGAGGCGAGGGUGUCCUGGGGGGAGCAGGAGAAGAUCCUCAAGGAGGAAAUGUCAAAGAUGGAGAGCAGCCAUGAUGAGUUACGAAAGCAGAACACCCUGCUGCAUGAACAGAUCCAGGCGAUGAGCAGCAAGAUGGCUCAGAAUUUGCAGCGCGUCGUUAAUGAGAGUCCCAUGAAUAUCUCCCUGACCGAAGAAGGAAAAUCUCAAGACCAAGUCCUUGAGAUUCUUAGGUUUGUGCGUCGUCAGAAGGAGAUUACAGAGUCUCGUUACGAGAUUGCCCAAGGGGAGAGUUUGCGUUACCGUCUGAGAGCGGAGCACCUGGAACACGAGCUGAAGGAGGUGCAGGACAGCUUGAGUGCUGCAAAGGAGAGGAUGCAGGUGACAGCAAAGACCCUGGCCCAGCAUGAUGAGCUGAUGAAGAAAACCGAAACAAUGAGCAUUCUGGUGGAGACCAACAAGAUGCUGAGACAGGACAAGGAAAAGAUGGAGCAAGAACUGCAGCAAACGCAAGCAAAGGUCCAAAAGCUGGAGUCAGAGAUCAUGCCGCUACACCAGGCCAACUCUGAGCUGAGCGAGAAGAGCGGCGUACUGCAGGCCGAGAAGAAGAUACUCGAAGAUGAGAUCAGGCGCUGGAAAGCUCGGACCCAGAAUUUGGUGAGCCAGCAAAAAGAUUCGGAUCCAGAAGAGUACAAGCGUCUGAACUCUGAGAAGGAGGCACAUCUCAAACGCAUUCAGCAGCUCUGUGAGGAGAAUGCACGACUCAAAGGAGAGGUUGCCAGAACCAAUAACCAAAUGACACCCCUGCAAGGCCAGUUGAAUAAUCUGAGGAAUGAAGUUAUGAGUAAGAACCAGGACAUUGCAGAGAAAUUACGGACUAUCACCCAGGUCAAGAAGAUUGGACGCCGCUACAAGACUCAGUAUGAUGAACUCAAGUUGGAACAUGACAAGAUGGUGGCUGAGGCUGCAGCAGGCCCGUCCCAAGAAGAGGAAGCUCGUCAAGCUUCAGUUCAGGAGCUGCAGAGCCUCAGAGAUUCUCUGAGCCAGGCCGACGUUAAGAUCAAGGAGCUGGAGGGACAGCUGGAGAACAUCAACAAGGUGGUUACAGAGCGCAAGACUGACGUGCGUAAUGCCCAGGAACAAUCCUCUAGACUGCAGACAGAGUUGACCAGGCUGAGGCAGGAGCUGCAGGACAAAGCUUCACAGGAGGAAACACUGAGACAACAGAUGGCUGAGAAGGAGGAGAAGACCAAGAAGGCCUUUGUUAGUGCCAAGCAGAAGAUCAGUCAGCUCAAGGGCUCCACAGACCAGCUGCAAAAAGAAAACGAGGAGCUAAAGCAACAGCGCGAGGAGCUGGAGGUGCGAGUGAGUGCCCUUAAGUCUCAAUACGAGGGCCGUCUGAGUCGACAGGAGAGAGAGAUAAGAGACCUGCGAGGACAAGAGCAGAGAGACGAGCAACCAGAGGCAGGACCCAGCAAGACCCAGGAGCAGCAGAGGAGUGCUGAACAGAGACAGAUCAGCCUGAAGACAACCCCAGCUGCAGACAGGGGCAGUGCCAGCACCUCUGAGCCCCCGACUGCCAACAUUAGGCCAACACCUGUUGUGGCUACAGGAAGCAAGCAGCCUGUCAAUCCAGGAAACAAACCUACUCCAAGAGCAAGCAUCAGACCCAUGAUCACUCCAGCUCCUGUCCCCACUCCAACACCCACCGCUACUGUCAUGCCCACCACACAGGUGGAGUCGCAGGAAGCCAUGCAGACCUCUGAAGGCCCUCCUGUGGAGCAUGUGACCGUGUACGGCAGUGCCAGCGGCUCUGUGCGCUCUGCCAGCCCCAACGUCCAGACCACCUUAGCCAGCCCCAUGCUGACUGUGCAACAGACACAGACGCAGGCUACAGCAUUCGUCCAACCUACUCAGCAACAGAGCGUGACCCAUGCAGAGCCAGCCAAUCAGGAGCCACCGCCUGUGGUCAUCGAGGCAACACCUAGCACCCAGGUGGAAUGGCCUUCGACGUCCUCUACCUCUGUGUUUGGAACUGUUUCAGCAACACCAGGAACUUCCUCCAUGUCCAAGAGACCUCGUGAGGAGGAGGAGAGCACCAGCAUGGUUACCGACACAGAAACAAACCAGGAGGAUCCAUCUAGGGCUCCAAUACCAAAGAAGCUCCGCAUCAUCCAGAGAGUGGGUCCAGAGGAGGAGGUGCUGGUGGAGGACAGUGCUGAGGCUGAAGGGGUGGUGCCAACAGAUAGUCAGGAUGGUGCAGAAGCAAUCCAGACGGAUGAGUUUCCAGUACUGGAGGAAGACGAUGAGGGAACAGUAACCCAGUGCAUUUCAAUUGACCACGAGGUUACCCUCAGUCAAAGUGACAACCCUGACCAGCUGCAGCAGGAAGUCAUCGUCAUCGUGACAGACACAGAGAGCGAGGAAGACCAGGAAGAGGAGGACGAAGAAGAAGACGAGCAGGAAUACGAGGAGGAGGAGGACGAUGAAGAGGACGAAGAGGAUGAGGAUGACGAAGAAGAUGAUGAGGAGGAUGAUGGAGAGAUGGGGGAGGAAGGAGAGGAGAGUAACGAAGGGAGCGGUGACGGCAACGAGGCGUAUGAAGGAGAAGACACAGAGGGAGCUGACGUAACCGACCCGGGCACAGAGACAGAGGAGAGUUUGGGGGCGUCUGACUCCACCCAGAGACCAGCAGAUUCCCAGACACCCAGCUUUGAGGGUGGCACUAUGGAAGUCUUCUCUACAGAACAACCAAUCACCAGCUCUGGAUCAAGGAUGCCCCAGUCACCCAGGAGACCAACACAUCAGCUGCCCCCGCGUCUGAACAUCCACCCUGCCCAAACCUCAGAGCUGGGGCCCCCUGCUCAGGUUCAGCGUAUCCCUGUCCGUCGAGUCCCUCAGCUCACUCCUGGGGUGCAGAGCAGUGCUCAGCACUUCUUCGAUGACGAUGACAGAACCGUUCCCAGCACUCCGACUCUGGUGGUGCAUCGCUCCGAUGGAUUUGACCAGGCCGUCCAUUCUCCCCAAGUGGCCGGCGUCCCUCGCUUCAGGUUUGGCCCUUCAGACGACGUGCCUCAGACCAGCUGCUCCUCCUCACACUCUGAUCUGGGACAGCUCGCUUCACAAGGAGGUCUUGGGUUGUACGAAAGCCCGUUGUUUCUAUCAGCUCAUGAAGAGGAAUCAGGUGGACGCAGUGUUCCCACCACCCCGCUACAAGUUGCAGCCCCAGUCACUGUUUUCUCAGAGGCAGCUCAGUCUGACGCCUCAGAGCUCGCCUCCCAGUCGGUUCCCAUGGUGAGCACGUCCACACCAGGACUGGUUGUGCCAGGAGGAGGCAGCACAGGGGAGGAGAGAGACGACAUCUUCCUGGAGCCGGACACUGAUAGGUCCAGUGCAGAGGUGUCCAUGGAUCCGGUGGUCUCACAGGGAGAUGCAGACGAGUCCAGCCAGACGUCUGACAAGUCCAGCCUCCCCUCCACCAGCCAGGAGCCCUCCUCCAGCUCUGCAGGUGAUGUGUAUUUUCCAGACACGAGCAGCGCCCCACCUAGACCCUCCAGACCUGGAACCAGCAGACAGCUUCAGCGCUGGCCAGAAAGCCGAGGUGGACGCAUGAAGAGAGGAGGUCAAGGGUUUCCUUCUCGGUUUUCUCGAGGUUUCCACGGAAGACGAUUCCAGAGAUGAAGCACUGAUCAGAAAACUUCACAACCAUGACAGAAAAACGUGUCAUUCCUAUCGUAAACACAUUCAAACUCGAGUGUUUUCAUUCUGUAUUUAGAUAAUGUUCCAAAAUGUUCCCUUGCUCCAAAGCCUGUGUUUUUUUAUGUGCUUGAAAAGUACCCUUUGUAAUCAGUCCAUGCUGGAGCAGUGUGUUUUAUGAAGAAUGUAAUAAACUUUAAAUCUACAAGACAACA